AUGAGUUCUGAUCACUUCGCAGCACCCCCUUCCGUAUCCAAUGGGGCUCUUAGAAGCAUGGAGCCAGACUAUCCAGAAGAAAGCGAAUAUGAAACACAAGCAGCAGCUCCGAGCCAAGUAAGAUUUGUUGGUAGUUCCCAGCAGUUCCCCGUAGUUGGUGAACGAACAGUGCCUAUAGUUGACUUUGCGUUACCUCCUCAACAAUCAACUUUACGUCCUUUCUUUGUCUCGAAUGAUAAACUUAAUGGAAAGGACAACCCUUCAUCGGCUGAAAACGGUGGUGGUGGUGCUGCUACUGUCUCCGGUUGGGUGCGCCCAAAAAAUUCUGAAAAUAUCACCCACAAUCCUUAUAGUAACACGUUAGUCCCAGCUAGCCGCUCAAGCUUUGAUGCCCGAGCUCGAUCCAAUGUCAGAACUAAGUUUUUUCCAGCAUUAUACUUUGGCAACAAGUUGUAUCUGUUUCUGUUAUUUCCAUGUUCAUAUUCCUCUGUCUUCGUCACUCUUUCUUCUCCCCUGUUUCUGCUGUUUUUCCUUGGUGCACAAGGUGCAGCUACAGCUGCAAAUCUCUCUGAUUACACUUGGGUGGAGGCUGCGAAAGUACAAACCCUAAAGGUAGAAUUUGAGGUUCUAGCGAUGAAGGAAAUGGAUUCGAUUGAUGACUUUGCGCUCAAGAUAAAUAACAUAGUAAGCAACAUCCGCGUUUGGGGGGACACAAUGGAAGCACAAUACGUGGUUAAGAAGUUUUUAAGGGCAGCCCCAACAAGGUCCGUGCAAUUGUAUCAGCCAUUGAACAAUUUGAGGACAUUGAAACCAUGA